AAUUCUCUCUCUCUCGCCCUCCCUCCCUCUCUACUUCUCUCUCUGUCUUUGACACUUUGUGCCGAUUAUGCAACAGGCAGUGCCGUAUAGAGCAUUCCUCCGGGGCUCCGGCGGAAGCGGCUCCGGCGGGCGGCGGCCUCCUGGGGACAAUUCUGCGGCGGUGAACGGCCACGGGAGUAUUGGGACGAGUGUGAGGAGUAUGGUGUUGGAGAAUCCGGUGAUAGUGUUUGGGCGGCGGGGGUGCUGCAUGUGCCAUGUGGUGAAGCUUUUGCUGUUGGGGCUGGGGGUGAACCCGACGCUGUAUGAGGUGGACGAAGGAGACGAGGCGGCCGUGGUGGGGGAGCUGGCGAGGAUCGUCGGUGCGGGAGAAGGGAGGCCGCAGUUUCCGGCGGUGUUCGUCGGAGGGAAGUUGUUCGGAGGACUGGAGAGGGUCAUGGCCACUCAUAUUUCAGGUGAAUUGGUACCCAUUUUGAAAGAUGCAGGGGCUCUCUGGCUGUGAACGUACUAAUGUCAUGGCGCUCUCUUCUGUUUUCUCUCUCUCUCUCUCUCUUUCAAGAAUUUUUACUUUUUCAGGGAGAGGAAUGCAGAAACUUUAUGCCCUUUUUUUUAGAAUUUAAAUGCAGUUUUUGUUUUGUUUUGUUAGAAACAUGAUAAAAAGCUUGAUAUGGAUAAUCUAAUUUUGCCUUUAAAAUAAA